UUGUAUUCCACAGCCUAUACAUGUGAAGAAAGCUUGUUCUUGUGAGUCAUUCAAAGAGAUUCAACAUAACGAGGAAGAAUUUGAUGCAGCAAAGACGUUGGCCAUGAUGAAUGAUGUGCAUCUUACUUGGUCACAGUACAGACAGAUGAAUAGAUACAACAAUGGGAAAUUCUCUUCUGAACGUAAACUACGAGCUCUGAAUUCUCAGCUCCAGAAACAAACGUAUGACACAAUUUACAUUGACGAGGAGGAAACUUUUCACAUCGACUCCAAGAAAACAGUCACUAGAACAGCCAAACACCCAUAUGUAUACAUUUCAAAUUUGCAAGAAACUGUCAUGGAUUUCCUUGAAAGUAAUGAAAAGAGUGGAUUUCUCACAAAUCAUGAUGGGGUGAUCCCUGAAGAUCAAGUCUGGAUCAAGUUUGGCGGGGACCAUGGUGGGGGGUCCUUCAAGCUGGCAGUAGAGGUCUGCAACGUUCAAAAUCCCAAUGCCUCUCACAACACCUUGAUUGUCGGUUACUAUGAAGGUCCGGAUUCCGUGUCAUCCCUUCAGAUAAUGAUUCGUCCCAUAGCGAGGCAACUGAAACAAAUGAAGAAGAGUAAAUGGAGAGAAAAAAAGAUACACAUCCUAUGUUUCGGAGACUACGAAUUCCUGGUGAAGACAUAUGGGAUAUUCAGCUGCAAUGGUAACUUUAAAACUAGGUACUGCUGUAUAUACUGUCUUCUCACCAGAGAUGGGAUGCAACGGAGCAAGGAAGAACGGGUGCCUUCUGUCAAACGCAGCCUAAAAAAGAUCAAAUCAGACUUCAGGAAAUUUCGCAAGAGUGGCUCAAAUAAACUAAUCUCCAAGGAGGUCUCCCACAGCAUUGUGCGGAAAGCUAUGAUACCGAUAGAGAUUGAUGAUGUCGUCAUCCCAACUCUCCACCUAUCUCUGGGCAUAUUCAAGAGAAUAUACGACUUGUUUGAGAGGGAUUGCCUAGCAAUUGAACAAAAGAUCAAACAUCUCCAAGAGCUGCCAGAGGUCGUGUUCCUCCAUCCGAAGUUGGGCCCACUUAUUCAAGGGCUAGAGAAUACCCUGCAGACAUUUCAUGUCUAUAGACAACAAUACCAUGGAGGAGCUUUUGUGGGGAAUCAUGUGAACACAUGCUGCAAGCCUGAAGUUAUUGAGGCAUUGACACAGAGUCCAAUACUCACCUUAAGAAGAAUGCAAAAUGAGAUGGACAUCCCGCAUGACAUCUUAAGGCAAGCAGCAACCAUAGGAGAAAAGUACAAAGAGCUCUUCUAUGGCUUUGCAGAUUGCCACUCAGCAAUAAGUACCAAGAAGAAGAUGUCUGAAGAAGAGAUUAAACAAACAGAAAAGGCAAUUGGCAUCUUCAUGAGAAUGAUUAGGAAAGCGGGCAUAUCAAUAUCGCCGAAACUGCAUAUCCUAGAGGAUCAUAUUGUCCAUCAGCUUCACAAGUUCAGAGUGGGACUGGGGCUCUUAAAUGAGCAAGGGAUCGAGUCCAUGCACGCCAACUUCAACCAACUUCGCAGAAGAAUGGCAGGAAUAUCCAACUCAAACAACAGAAUAAUUUCCAUGCUGAGAGCACAUCACAUGACCACACUACCGACAAUUAAAUCUCAACAGAGACAACCAAUAAAGAGGAAACUUUUUCACGAGGAAUAAUGUCCAUUGACUCUGUGAACACAUUACAUGUAUAACCAUUAAAUCCUUAUGCAACAGUAAAAAAAACCCCAAAGAUGUUAUGUUAUUUCCGAUGGCAUCCCAUUGGUUGGUUUUGGACACGAUUUUGCCAGGAUGACAUGUCAUCCUGGCAAAAUCGUGUCCAAAACCAACCAAUGGGAUCGUGUCCAAAACCAACCAAUGAAACUGACUGGUAGCAUGAGUCGAGUUGAGUCUGUGAUGUUCAAGGCUUACUAGAGCAUACUUGUAAAUUCGAUAUGAUCUAUUUACAUUUGAAUUUUCUAAUUGAGGAAGUUAACUGAAUGGAAGAACUAUGAACUGUCUUAUAUAUCUUGUUUUAUUAUGUUUCUUAUUAUGAAACAUACAUGUACCUAUAACCCUAAAUAGACUUGGCCAUAUCGAUGCCUAAGAAGAAUGGUGGGGGCAGAAUCAGUCCCAGUCAUUUUAGGGUUAAGAAAAUUAUUAAUUAUAAAGAUAAUAACUUAGCCCAAUAUCACAUGAGACUGAAAAGUCUUAAGAAGAAAAGGUCUGUAUUUAUUGAAUAUGAGUGUAAUUUUUCAGAUGGGCCUUUAUUAUAAGACAUUACUGCUAAGAGUACUACAUAUCGAGUUUGGAUUUUGGAACCUUGCCAGUGUACACUACUUGAAUAGAUGUUAUGUUCCUGGUUCAUUUUUUCUAUAAACUACAAUUCAAUAAUAAAGGCCAUCUAUUAAAGGCAUUGUAAAUUAAUAACUAAACUAUUAACAAUUAAAUGUUUCAAAAUUGAAUUCUUGUGCCUGUUCAGAAAUAACAGAACAACAACAUGUAAAAGCAACUUUAAAAUACAUGUAUGUUAACAAUUAUUUGAAAAGUGAGCAGGAAAUAUCGAGUUUGCAUGUUGCACGUUUAGCGAGCUUUCAUGACAUACUUGUAAAGAACCACCAUUGAAUACAUAAUUACAUUUUUAGAAAUGUAGGUAAGGAGUUUGUUUGUAUUGUUGCUAUGUCUGAUAAACUUUAAGGCUGUCAUGAAGAAUGAUAUAUGUUAAGUCAGCAGUCAAUUUGGAGUAUGUCUAUGAAUUUCAUGAAAAUUUGUUUGUAAAGAUGUUUAAGGUUUGUAAAAUUUGAAAAAAAAGUUUGAAGAUAAAUUCAUAAAGAUAGAUUUGCUAAUGAUCAUGUAAUAAAUCUUUAGAAAUAUGUGACUGAAUUCAUCUUAUUAUAAUUUCAUGCAUCAUAAUUUUGAACUGGUUCUUUAAGACUGUAUUGUCCUGGUCUUCAUUAAUUUUUGAAAUAAGCAGGAUAUAUAUACAAUGUGUUAUUUGCUUGAUAUUUGAAUGCAAACACGAGGCGAUAGUAUUUUCCAGUCUCCCCAAAAUUCUGGGCAUCUACAUGUAAGGACACAUAAAAUAGAGCUAUUUUUCAUAUUUAGUACUGAAAAAUGCGAAUACUAAGUUUCAUAAAAAAAUACGGAUUUAUAUAGUUUGUUUUAUGUGUCAUCCUAUGGUAUUUCUUUAAAAAUACUUAUUUGCUCAUCAAUAUACAGAUUUUCAGCUUUAAAAAUACUGAAAUGUUCUUGUUCAGCUUGGCAGCUGAGAUAUUUUAAUUAGAUCAGUGCAGGAUCUCUAACUAUAGGUCAGCUCAGGGAAGUGUUUCAUGAAAGGACUUGUCAGACAUUUAAUCCAACAAGUCCUGUUUUAUCCGACAGUUACUAUAGUAACA